CCACGUCGAUAUCAUUCUGUGAACAGGUCCCCUACCGCGCUAUGGUCUCCCUCUCCCUCAUUCCCCUUCUCCUACUCCUGUCUUCCCGCCAAACCCUAGGGCAGGAAUGGGCAGGCGUCCUUAACAGUCUCCAGCCCUUUGGACAUGAUGAGGCGCCGCUCGACUUCCAUAACGUGGAGGGCAUGAUGAAAGACGUCGGCAGAGCGGCUGUUCGGAAACCAGGAGAUGGGCAGCCGUUGUCGCUGUACCUGCCUGUGUUCGCCGACCCCGCGUCCCCCUGCGGCGUCGCGGUGGCAGCCAUGACCUCUGCCUUCGAUGGACACGCAGGGAUCGGCGUCCUGCAGAUGGUGGACUCGUGGACCAAAGUGCGCGACGGAUUUCUGUACGGCCUCCCCUACGUGCUGGGCGUCGGCUCCUACGGCGAGUGUCUCCACGCGAGCGCCCCCGACCUCGACAUUAAGGGAAAAUACUGCGCUAUCGUCUAUGUAGAUAACCCGUAUUAUAACGACACCUUGACGGAAAUCGACGAUAUUCUGCGUGUUGCUCAGGUCUCCGCUAACAUCAAUAUCGGAUUAUUCACACAAUACAGCACAUGUAUACCCGAUGCCUGCUCAGAGGAAGACAUGGCGCAAAGCCUAAAUAUUGCCGCCGGGGGACGAAAACUGGCGCACGCCUAUUGCCAGACUUUGGACGAGCCGCCUCCAGACUUCACUGCGGGUGAUAUCGCGAUGAUAACUUUCCUGAGCGUGAUGCUUGCUCUCCUGACGGCCGGCAGUGUCGCUGACCUGUACCUCAGGGCCACCUCGAAGGCACCUGCAACUGCUGUCCGGUUCCUGCUUCCUUUCUCGGCGUACACCAACCUGGAGAAAAUAUUCCACGUGACAACGGAGUCUCGUCCGGGGGUCAUCACUUGCCUGCACGGAAUGAGAGUGUUGUCUAUGACCUGGGUAAUCUAUGGCCACCAGUAUAUCUUCGAUGUUUUCUUCGCUGUCAACAUACUACACUUAGAAAAGUGGACAAGCGGACUGCUCUUUCAAGUCAUCUUCAACGCCACGGUGAGCACGGACUCCUUCUUCUUCCUGUCGGGGCUGCUGGUGACCUACGGCGUCCUGAAGGAGAUUAAAAGGACCGGGAAACUCAACCUGAUUAUGUAUUACGUCCACAGACUCAUUAGGUUAACACCCCCCAUCGCCCUCGUUGUGCUGUUCAUGGCGACACUCUUCAGGUUUCUCAAUCGCGGCCCCCUUGCUUAUAUGGCAGAUCCAUAUUCGACGAUGUGCGCCGAGAACUGGUGGAAAGACGUUCUGUACGUCGACAAUUUCCUUGGCUUCGAUAAAGCUACCAAUCAGUCACUUGACUGCCUCGGCCAGUGCUGGUACACCGCCGUGGACACCCAGCUGUACCUUGUGGCUCCCCUCCUGCUGCUGCCUCUCGCCCUCUAUCCUGCCAAAGGGAAGAUCCUGUUGUUCGUGGUAACUCUGGUGUCCUUCAUCGUCCCAGCGGCUGUUAUCUACGGCUACGACCUUCCUCCAGCGUCGAUAUCGGGCGGUGCUGAUGAAGUCGAUAGCUACGGUUAUCAAAAUAUGGUGUACUUUACUCCGUGGUGCCGCAUGAGUGCCUACAUCAUGGGGAUCUGGACUGGCUACAUCAUCUUCGAACAGGGAUCAAAGGAACUUAAACUGACACCUCUGCAGGUAUUAACUGGCUGGACUAUAGCCGCGUUCUCGGCUCUGUCAGUGUUGUUUGGCAUGUGGAGUUACAACCAGUUCGAAACCACCUAUUACUACGACCCCAUAACCCAGGUCCUGUACGGCGGCCUCCACAGGGGCAUCUGGUGCGCCGCCCUGGCCUGGGUCGUGUUGGCUUGUCACUUCGGCUAUGGAGGUAUAGUCAACGACUUUCUCUCUCACCCUACGUGGCAACCGCUCUCCCGCCUUACGUACAGUAUGUACCUCGUAGCCAUCCCUGUGCAGAUCUACCUGGUUUACAAUCUUAAAGAACUUCCCUUCUUUACACAUAUAGACAAGAUCAUCCAGACUUGCGGCACAAUCUUCAUAUCAAUCAUUACGGCUGUGCUGGUCUCACUUACAGCAGAGGCUCCAGUCUUGGGCCUCGAGAAGCUGAUAUUCAAGCGGCCAGGUAAGUAGGAAUCACCAUUACCCUCGCAUUCCGCCUCCGCAGUCUUCGUGAGGUAGCAGUCAUUCUCUUCACUUUUCGCUUAAUCUUCGUGAAUGCAUCAAUCGCUCGUGUUGGUAUACCCUUUUUUAUCUGUUUAACACCUCUAUAACGUUUUAUUAUUAUUAUCAUGCGUCUAGUACGUAUUGAGACAUUUUAGACUUCGUGAAUGCAUCAAUCGCUCGUGUUGGUAUACCCUUUUUUAAUCUGUUUAACACCUUUAUAAUGUUUUAUUAUUAUUAUCAUGCGUCUAGUACGUAUGGAGACUUUUUAGACUUAUUUGUUUUUAAAAGAGUUGCAACAGUUCAGUCUAAAUAAUCUACUAGUGACCAGAUGAGAAUUUGCAUCUUUGUACAACUUGCUAAUGGCCGUAUCUUUUCUGUUUAUCCAUAAAAAAAAAAAAAUAUAAUAAAAUAGAAAUAAAAAUAAACACGUUCUUAAAGACAAGCACCUCAUUCGGUAACCUUUAGUAGAGAUUAAAUUGCUCAUUUGAAGACAAUAAUAGAAAGACAAAAUUAAUUAAUUGAUAUAAUUGAUAUAUAAAAUAAUUAAUAAUAUAUCGCAGUUCAAGUGUGAUAUUCAAAUUAUAAACAGACUGUAAUUACAAAAUGUGUCUUAAACAUUAACUUUGAGGUUACAUUCCAGGUUAUGGUGUUUAAUAAUUAAAAAAACGUUUAUUGAUGUACAAAAAAUUCCUGACAAUAUGCAUUACUAAAAGGUAGCAGUAAUCAAUUUCUAUGUAUAUCCUAUGAUCCAUGUACAUUCCUUAACAUGAAACCAGACCACUAGCAGGUAUCCUGAGGUGGGUGUGGCCAAGAAAGCAAUGAAAUG